AACUCAAUCAGGCACAACCUGUCUCUUAACCGCUACUUUCUGAAAGUGGCACGCUCUCAGGACGAGCCUGGCAAAGGGAGUUUCUGGCGUGUGGAUUCUGCUUCUGAGAGCAAGUUGGUGGAGCAGGCCUUCAGGAAAAGACGACAAAGAGGGGUGGCUUGCUUCAGAACACCAUUCGGACCCCUCUCUUCUAGGAGUGCUCCUGCAUCCCCGACACACCAGGGACUCCUUUCUCCUCCAUCCAGCGGGCUGCAGACUCCUGAAUGUCUGAGCAGAGAGGGCUCCCCUAUCUCCCAUGACCACCAUGAACAGCUGGCUAACAAACUGGCAUCUGUACCUGAGUAUAGGUACUCUCAGAGUGCCCCAGGCUCUCCAGUCAGUGGUCAGCAUGUCAUCAUGGCUGCACCCCCUCAUCCCUCAGGCCCAGGGAAAGCCCUUGCUUUAGUGCCAGGUGGUGGCGGCCAAGUCCAGCCCAUCCACAUGCUCCAGAACCCGACUCAGUCCUCUGUCACCAUGGUGCGGGUGGUCACCAGCACCCCUCUAACUUCCAGCCAUCCGAAUGGGUACAGUGCUCCCUCUGUUGGAGGAGCAGAGGGCAACAGUGAGCUCAGAGAAGCCCAGCUGAGCAGAGAGCGAGUGAUCCAGACUGUGGACAGUGCGGUGCAGGGCGGCGAUGGUCGAAACCUGGCCCUUGGUUUGCAUCAACUUCCUGUUCGUCCUGUUACCCAGAAUGGCAAACACACCACUGCUGCUGUUGCCACAGCAACCAGCCUUGCUAAUGCAUCUG